CGCUGGGCCGGCGGCGCGGAUGGAGGGCCGCAUUCGCGCGCGCUAACAGGGAGCUCUAACGGUCACCGGGGACUGGAGCGAGCGUGCUCGUGCGUGUGCAUAUGCGUUCUAGAGCGCGUGGAAUUAGCUAGAUGCCAGCGAGGCGCGCGGAUCCUGGCGGAGGGAGCGCAGCGCGAGCACACGGCGUAUCAGCAGCAGUCGGAGGGACACAGCAGAGAUGCCUUCAUCUGAGUUUGGCCUGUUACUGACGUCUUCGCCGCACCGCAGACUCUGAAUUAUGGGUAACGUGGAUAGCCAGUGCGGGAGCCAUGGUUUCUAUGGCGACCGGCAGAGGCAGCUGUCCCGGAAGCGCGUGUCCCGCUCGCUGCGGCUGUCCGGGAAGCAGUCGUAUCGCGCGGCGUCUGGAAAGCCAGAGCACCGAAACUCGGAGACGAGCACGCGGUCCAGCAGCACUCCCAGCAUCCCUCAGUCGCUCGCCGAGCACGGCCUGGAGCCCUUUGACGACCACGACGCCGGACUGCCCGACUUCAGCGCCCCCAUCUGGGUGGACCGGGUCGCCAUGAACCUGCGGCCCAUGACCUUCCACACCGAGCCCACCGGCGCUGCAGAGUCAACGGAGAACACGCAGGACAGAGCAGAGCCACAGGGGGAUGCCAGAUCCCCCCAGCACCGCGACAGUAGCAGCCUCAAGAAGAAUUCUAAGAAGCGCUCCAAGUCGGCUGAUAUGUGGAGGGAAGACUCUCUGGAAGUUUCUCUGUCUGAUGUCAGCCUGGAGAACCUCACCAGCACGGAGGAGAUGGCGGACGCGCCGGACUCCACGCGGGCCAACUCACUGGACGAGCUGUACGGGCCACAGAGCCAUGGGCGCUACACUAAGCGGCAGAAGGGGGGCUCGGUGGGGGCGGACAGCGAGGAGGACAAGAUGCUGUCGCCGUGUGACGACGAUGGAGCCAAUUACGGAGCGUUCACUCUGCCCUGCCGCCGGUCACACUGCCUGUCAGAGGGAGUGACCAGCCACCAGGGGGCCAUGCAGGGCCGGCGGGCGCAGACCAUACAGGACGUCACGGCGGCUGACGGCAGCGAGCUGGAGGACAGCGGGAUCGACGGGCUGAUCGGAGACAGCGCGGCGUCCCAGCCCCGCCGCUACAAGGCCAUGUCCGCCUCCUUCUCCGCUUACUCCACUACAGCAGGGGGCGCCUUCGCCGGCAGCGACAGCGGCAGCAGCAGCGGGGCCGGACCAGCAGAAGCGGUGCAGGGUGUCUACGAGAACUUCCGCCAGGAGCUGGAGAAGAGCGUGUGCCAGGCGGAGCGGGCGGAGGAGCGAGCGUCGGCCCUCAGCGACGAACAUAGCAGCGUCACACUAAGCUCCGCCUACCAUACCGAGCCGCUGCUAGGACUGGCUUAUCACACGGAGCCACUGCUGGGCGCGGCGGCUGCUCAGGGCAGCGUGCGCAAGGCCGGCCGGCUGACCGUCAAAAACCUGCUUGUGCACAAAAAGAACAAGAAGGUGGAACUGGCCGCCCGCCGCAAGUGGAAGAGCUACUGGGUCUCAUUAAAAGGAUGCACUCUGUUUUUCUAUGAGACGGACGGCCGUUCUGGAAUCGAUCACACCAGCGUCCCCAAACACGCCGUGUGGGCGGAGAACAGUAUCGUCCAGGCCGUGCCGGAGCACCCCAAAAAAGAUUUCGUCUUCUGCCUCAGUAACUCCAUGGGAGACUCGUACCUGUUCCAGACGAGCAGUCAGACGGAGCUGGAGAACUGGGUGACGGCGAUCCACUCCGCGUGUGCGGCGGCCUUUGCCCGGCAGCAUCACCGUGACGACACAGUGCGGCUCCUGCGCUCCGAGAUCCGUAAGCUGGAGCAGAAGAUCGACAUGGAUGAGAAGAUGAAGAAGAUGGGAGACAUGCAGCUGGCUUCGGUCACCGACACCAAGAAGAGAAAGACCAUCCUGGAGCAGAUCUUCCUGUGGGAGCAGAAUCUGGAGCAGUUCCAUAUGGACCUGUUUCGUUUCCGCUGUUAUCUGUCCAGCCUGCAGGGCGGUGAGCUGCCCAACCCCAAACGCUUGCUGGCCUUCGCCUCCCGCCCCACCAAACUGGCCAUGGGUCGCCUUGGCAUCUUCUCCGUCUCCUCCUUCCACGCCCUGGUGGCGGCCCGUACGGAGUGUGGCGUUCGGAGGCGUACACAUGCCAUGUCCCGCUCCACCAGCAAACGUAAGAGUCGCUUUUCCUCACUGUGGGGCCUGGAGACCAGCACAAAGAGGAAAAACAAAACACACCCCAGCAUAGAGCAGGUUUUUGCAGAAGGGGAGGAGCCAGUGAGGAGGGUAUUGGAGGAAAUGUUUGACGAAUCAAGGAAUGCCAAAGAUGACCCGGUCUGCGUGAAGGGGGUAGUAAGGCCCAGUGCGGAGCAGGACGCCUGGGCUAAAGACCACCUCACACCCUCCUGGGUAUGUUUACCCAACGGCCGGCCUGUUUUGGCCAUCGUCCGGCCAGGAGAGUCUGCACUGGACACACUGGAGACAAUCUGCAAGGCUCAUGGUCUCGACUCCACUAAGCACUACCUGCGUUUGAAGUUCCUGAUCGAGACGCAGGUUCAGUUCUACAUCCCCAAACCGGAGGAGGACGUUCAUGAUCUGCUGUACAAGGAAAUCGAGCUGUGCUCCAAAAUCAGGAAGGUCAUUCAGUUCGACCGGGACGAGUCCUGUAUGAUUGGUUACGGUUUCUCCAUCUCAGUGGUGGAGGAUGACAGCGUGCAGCAACUCUACAUCACUGAUGUGAAAGCAGGAGGAUUAGCAUUUGCUAAAGGAUUGAAUGCAGGUGAUGAGAUCCUGCAGCUCAACGGCAAAAACUCCAGCACACUGACCUUCUCCGAUAUGAAGGCUGCGUUCUCUCAGGCAUCCCUCUCGCUCACAGUGAACACACUGCCCCCAGUGGACCGGAGACAGCACUGCUUCCUGCCCCCAAGACGAUCCGACUCUGUACAGCACCUCUACACCGACAUCUUCUCCCAGAACCAAGAGGAGAUUCUGGACGAUGGGGUUGGACUCAUCUCAGAGACGUCAGGGGACAGCCUGGACGACGACUCUGAGCUGUUCAGUGAAUAUGACGACUACAGAAAGAGGAACAGGAGCCGUAAGCGCUCCUCAGACUCCAUCUACAGCAUCCUGCACCUGAGUACUGAGCAGGUAGCUGCGUUCUGUAGGAGUCUCCAUGAGAUGAAUCCUUCCUCAGAGGUCGUUUCUCCUUCUUCUGGACCAGAGUCUUCCACAGGAUGUGUUAAUGUUCCUCGGCAGCUCAGCCACGCUGACAAACUGCGCAAAGUGAUCUGGGAGCUGGUGGAGACGGAGCGCACCUACGUUAAAGAUUUGAACUGUCUGAUUGGGAGGUAUUUGACUCCUCUACAGAAGGAAAGCUUCCUCACUCAGGAUGAGUUGGACGUACUGUUCGGGAAUCUUCCGGAGAUGGUGGAGUUUCAGGUGGAGUUUUUGCGGACGCUGGAGGACGGCACUCGCUUGGUUCCUGACCUGGAGAAACUGGAGAGGGUCGAGCAGUUCAAGAAAAUCCUCUUCUCUCUGGGUGGAUCAUUUCUCUACUAUGCUGACCGCUUCAAGAUCUACAGCGCCUUCUGUGCCAGCCACACUAAAGUACCCAAAGUGCUGGUGAAAGCAAAGACAGACCCUGCGUUUAAGGCGUUCCUGGACGAGAGGAACCCGAAGCAGCAGCACUCGUCCACCCUGGAGUCGUAUCUGAUCAAACCCAUUCAGAGAGUUCUGAAGUACCCACUGCUGCUGAGAGAGCUCUACACGCUCACCGACCCGGACAGCGAAGAACACUACCACCUUGACGUUGCAAUGAAGGCCAUGAAUAAAGUGGCGAGUCACAUUAACGAGAUGCAGAAGCUGCAUGAAGAGUUUGGUGCUGUUUUUGAUCAGUUGAUCUCAGAACAGACCGGCGAAAAGAAAGAGGUGGCUGACCUGUCUAUGGGUGACCUGCUGCUGCACACCAUGGUGACCUGGCUGAACCCACCCUCAUCUCUGGGCAAGUGGAAAAAGGAACCCCAACUUGCCACAUUUGUCUUUAAAACUGCUGUGGUGUUCGUGUGCAAAGACUGUUCCAAACAGAAGAAGAAGAUGGGUGGGUCUCAUCGCGCGUCUGUCUCUGGAGAAGAGAAGGAUCCGUUCCGUUUUCGUCACAUGAUCUCCACCAGCACUCUGCAAGUCAGAGCCCUGACCAGCGCAGAUGGUGACAGUGCUUCAGUGUGUGAGAUCGUUCACGUGAAGUCGGAGUCUGAAGGAAGGCCAGAGAGAGUGUUCCACCUGUGCUGCAGUUCUCCUGAGAGUAAGAAGGACUUCCUGAGGACGGUCCACUCCAUCCUGAGGGACAAACAGAGACGGCAGCUGCUGAAGACGGAGAGUCUUCCUCCCAGCCAGCAGUACGUUCCGUUUGGAGGAAAACGCCUGUGCGCUCUGAAAGGAGCUCGACCCACCAUGAACCGAGCAGCCUCCGCUCCCACACGUACGUUGGGUCGGCGCAAGCUGGUUCGGAACCGGUUCACCAUCGACACGGACAUCGUGUUCGACACGGACGCUGACCCUGAUGCUGACUCGCCGGACUCCCAGCAUGCCCUGCAGCCGGGCGACACCGAUCGCUGGGUGGAGGAGCAGUUCGACCUGCAGCGCUACGAGGAGCAGGAGCAGGAGCAGAUGAAGGAGACGGACAUCCUGAGCGACGAGGACGAGGAGGGCGACGAGACCGAAGACUUCAGCCAGUCCACUUUGAGCCCGUCUGCCGAGCCGGAGCUAGAAGGACAGGUUUCGGCGUUGACGCUGGACGAGGACGAGCAGAAUGCUUCAGAAAACAAAGACUCCAAAGCCCAGCAUGCUCUGCGGCUGUCUCAUCUGGGGAAGCAGUGCGCCGUGUCCGUGGCCAGUGUGGACGAGCAGGCGGUGCCCGGCGACGAUGUCGUCUGGGUGCGGCGGGAUGUGAGCAGUAACGAGAGUGAGGAGCAAAACCCUCCAGAGAGCUGAAGACAAGCCGGAAUGUUGGAGUAAAAGUACUGAUUCCAGGUCUGCCGUUCCAGCUGGAGACGUACCUUCCUGUGGAGUUUACUUCAGACUAGGGCUGGGCGAUAUCACGAUACUAUCACAAUAUGUUACUGGGUAACAAUAAUGAAUGAAUUAGUAGUUAUCCGUUCUGAAAAAUGAAUUGUUGAUCAUUACGUGAAGCGAUAGAUACAUGAGUGUUGAUCAAUAAAUCAAUAAUUAUCAAUAUUGAACGUACAUAUCUAAAAGGAGUUGUAACUCCUCCUCCCUCCCACAGCCACAUCGGCUCUAAUGCUACAGCCAUUUGCUGAAGGUGUGUUUGGACCCAGAAGAGUAUGAAUUAUCAAUAAUUGUUGGCAAUUAUGGAUAAUUAUAGAUAAUUAUUCACAGUGAUGGAUGAAAUUUUGGUCCGUUCCUAAUUAUUAUACUUAUUUCUUUAGUUUGGUGGCCCACUUUGCCUGUUUUCUGAACAUCUUCCUCUGCAGUAGAUCAGCUCAAUGAAGAAAUUUUUUAUGAAACUUUUAAUGGAAAAGUCAUUCUCAAAAACAUGUUAUAUAAAAAAGUAUGCUUAAUUUAUGACAGCUGUAUUAUGACCUCUUCAAAAUGUUCUCAAGACCCCCAUUCCGACCCCCACCACAACAGUCUAUCAGUAUAAACCCUACGGGGUGGAAGCGGGUCUGACUUUGAGAUGUGAAAGUGAGGCCGGGCCGAUUCGAUGAUAUUAUUGUUGUGAUAUCAAAAGUUGUCAGCGAUAUUUUUUGCGUUGACCAGCAACUUUGCUGCUUAAUUGCUUUUUUAAUGCUGCCAGAACAGCAAUUUUAGGUAAUUUUAGCCGUUCACAACCUCAUCUGACCUCCAGAGGGCGCUGUAGGAAACUCGUCAGCGCCACGGUGUGGUCAAAUUAUAAAAUGCAGGUCGUAAAGUGAACAAAAUGAGUUCUGUGGUGAUGCCGUUUUCAUCUGAUGGUUAAUUUCUCUGUUAAUGAGAAGAAAUGCACCAAGUUAGGAUAUCUCAUAUUUUUCAUGCACAUAUCUGACAUGUCAACACAUAAAAAAUAGAACAUAAAUGUAGAAAACAUUUGUGUCAGUAGGAUUUCAAAAGAACAACAAUCUGUUUGAAAUAUCAGUCUAAUCUGAACAUCCAUCCAAUGCUCAUAUAUUUUUUAAGCAAUUAUCAUGUGAUACUGAUAUAAUUCCGAUAUCAUCAUGCACCUUGGUUUGUCAAAUAAGAACAAAAAUAUCGCUUAUCGGGAUGUUUUGAAAUGACGUAUCUAUAUUUUAUAUUUUAAAUAUCGCCCAGCCCUCAGUGAAAGUCCAGCCUGAUCUUGUUAUCAGUACUCUUACUCUGAAGCUCAUCACCCUGACCGGUCAGUUUUUCAGCAGUCCAGAGUCCAGAAAUCAGAGCUGGAGGCCAUCAGGACGGCUGCUGAUAAAAGAACCUGCUCGGACUGUGUGGUCAGUGAUGUACAGGUUAUUACAGACUCACAUUUAACUGUAUGUCUCAGCUGUAUGAUACAGUGCUUUUCAACCAUAGACACUAAAAGCUCAUGAGUCGCUCUGUAACUGUGCACACUGUUCAUAUAUGUGCCGUUUAUUGGACUAUAUGUCACUAAUUCAUGUUGUCAUAUUUUAGAAAAUGACAUGACUACAACUUGAAAAGCACACAGAGAAACAGUCAUACUCAACACUUCUGGUCAAAUUACACACGUUUCAAACAGACAGUGUGCCGUAACUUUUGCACAGGCGAUGUUUUAUGAGUUUUUCCCCCCACAUUAUGUUAAAGUCAGCACAUAAAUAGAAAUUGUGCUUUAAAAUUUGCCACAUCUGAGUGUGCAUACGUAAUUUGACUGGGGUGCCAAAACUUUUGCACAGGACUCUAUAAGGCCGAGAACUGCUAUAGAGCCCACGAUGCAACUGCUACACUGAGAUAUGUUAUGAUUUUUUUUUUAUUUGACUGUAAAAUAUGUUAUAUUAUUUUACUUCAGUCUGUUUAUUGAAGCAAAACAAAAGCGCAAAAUAUUCAUAAAUAAAUAAUAAAAUAUCCAGAAUUGUGCCUCCAAGCAUCAAAACCCAAAAUAUUAAUAUAUAAAUAUUUAAAAAGUUGUGCUAAUAGUAAUACAAUACUGAAAACAUCAUGUUCUAGCUAGCGUUAGGGUUCUAUGUGCAACAUGAUAUGUAUACAUAGAACACCAGCGCUAGCUAGAACGCUGUAUAUUCUGAACUGUAUAUGCCUAAUUUCCGAGUUUUUUUACAGAAGCACUAAAGGCUUGUGGGUUUACAAGACCACUUUUCCAUAAUAACAAGAUAUUUUUAUUUGUUUUCUUAUAUAUGUCAAAACAAAUAUUGUUAUGUGGUGAUUAUGGCACAAAUAUUUUGAGAUCUCAAGAAAACAAAUGAAAAGAACUCAUUAUCAUGGAAAAACAGACAUUGUUUCAUUGAAAUAACUUUCAUUAACUCACAAUAAUGGCAUAAACAUGUUGAGAUCUCAAGAAAACAAAUGAAAAAUAACAAAUUUUCAUGGAAAAACAUUGUUUUAUUAUUAUUUUAUGUGAUAAUGGCAUAAAUAUUUGAAAUUGAAAAUGACUCAUUGUCACAGAAAAACAGACAUUGUUUUACUGAGAUAACAUUCAUAUUGUAGUGAUAAAGGCAUAAAUAUCGUAAGAUCUCAAGAAAACAAAUGAAAAUAACUUUUCAUUACAGAAAAACAGACAUUGUUUUAUGGAGAUAAUUCAUUAUGUAGUGAUAAAGGCAUAAAUAUCUCAAGAUCUCAAGGAAACAAAUAAAAAUAACUCAUUAUCACAGAAAAACAAACAUGCAAAUCCAUGAUUUGCAUAAUUUUUCAAAAAUGUCAAGCAAAACUUAACAAAAUUCACUCGAAAUUCACUGAAACUGAUGCCUUUUCAAGGUUUAACCGUUAUUUGGUAAAAUAUGAUGACAUAUGAAGACAAAAACACCUAAAUAUGAAUAUCUAGUGAAGAAAAUGCAGCUGCAGAUAUGAAACGUGCCCACAGUUACACAAUGACUCCCUUAGAAGCAUCACUUGCACGUCGUGCUGUGGUCAGUCGCACACUCUCGGUCAACCUGACGAUGAACAAACAGUAGAUUUAAUCAAUUCUUAUCUUUGCACAUUCCUGUGGGCAGCUACGGUCAACCACUCGGCCUGCCGGACGCUGCCGGACCACGAUCUCUCCGUUCCUUUUUCUUUUCCCUCGUUUAUUUCUCUGGAAGUUGUGUUAUUAUUAAAGGGCUUUUGUUUAUUUAUUUAUUUAUUACGCCCUUCUGCAGUAAACAGGAAGAGCCGAGGUGGUAAAUAAAGGAACGUGUGAUGUCAUAAAGAUGUACAGACGUGGAUUCAGAGCCUUUUUAGUUUGUAUAUAUUAGCAUUUUUUAAUUUGACGUUGAUGCGGAUUCGAGAUCGAGGCGUCGCGGGUUUGAAACGUUUUUGUACAGACGUUCUUAUUUACUAGCGUGUGAAAGUUAAAGGUGGUGGGGGGCAAAUACAGGUCCAGUCAAACGUUUGGACCCCCUGGUUGAAUUAUAUUUCUUUAAUCUUAAUGAAAUACAGUGACAUGCUAAUGUUGCUAACAUUGAAUGAAGCUAAUUGGGUUAGAAAUAUUGAAAUAAGGCGAUGCUAAUUGACAUUCUUUUCUCACUAGCCAUGAUCUGUGUUAGCGUUUCCAUUCCUUACUAGCCACAUGCUAAAUGCUUUGCAUUAACUUUGAUUCUUUGCUAGCUAGGUUCAAAAUAGAUCACUUUAGCUCCCAUUCAUUGUUAGCCACAAGCUAAAUGUUGGAAUGCCUCAGUAGCCACAUGUGAGACAGAUCACAUUAGCUGUCAAUCCUCACUUCAGCUUUUCUUCCUUGCUAGCUACAUGCUAAAAUGAUCCCCUGAACUUAGGUUCUUUGCUAGCCACAUGUUAGAUGGUUUGAAUUAGCUUCCCCUCCUUGCUAACCACUGGCUAAAUGGAUCACAUUACCUGAAAUCUCUCACUAGCCACAGGCUAAAUGGGUCACAUUAGCUUCCAUUUCUCACUAGCAGGAAAUAAAACCCAUAUUAGCUUCUAUUUCUUGCGAGCUACAUGCUAAAAUGAUCCCCUGAACUUAAGUAGAUGGUUUGAAUUAGCUUCCCCUCCUUGCCAAGCACAGGCUAAAUGGAUCACAUUACCUAAAAUUUCUCACUAGCGACAUACUAAAUGGGUCACGUUAGCUUUUGUUUUCUUUAGCUACAUGCUAAAUUGUUAGCUUUUUUUACUAACCAUAUAUGAAAGCGAUCAUAUUGGCUUCCAUUCCUCACUAGCAAGAAAUAAAAGCAUUUAACAUCAAGUCUUUGCAAUUUGGUUAUUUUUUCCUUUUUUGUUUUCAUAAUUAUUCCAAAAUAUUAAGAAACCCAAAACUCUGGCAUAUGUGUCCAAAAGUUUGACUGAUGCUGUAUUUGUAAAUAGUGUGUUUAUCGUCUUUCUUUAAAGCUAAAAGUCAGACCCCUUGCACCUUUAAUCAUCAGUGUAAAACGGUGUAAUAUUUAUAUAGAUUUUUUUGCCCUUUUCAUAUGCAGUAAGUCACGGUUAUUAAACGAAAUGUCAGACUUUUGUUGUUAUUUUUAUGCUGUUAUGUUAAUGAUCUUAAUUCCUUUAACAAAUCCUGUUUUACUUGAACUCGGAAUGGUCUGGUAAAGGCAAUAGUGCGUUUAGUCUGGUUUCCUGCAUUACUGUAAUGGACGAUGCUCUUACUUGUUUCAUUACAGGAUGAUAUUUUUCACGAAAGGUCAAGCUGACGCUGACCGCAAUCUGCCCCACAGCUUGCACCACCUGAACCAGGUAAAUGAUUGUGAUUACCCGGCUCAGCAGAGGAAGAAUAAAACACCGAGCAGAUUGAGGUCGAUAAGGACUUGGUUGAGUCACUGAGUCUGUAAUCUAAUCAGUUUAUUAUAUAUAUAUUUUUUCCUACAUUGUGUUUUUUUUCACAUUUUGAAAGUCCAAAUUUGCUGAGUGCAAUCAAACAGAGCAGAAGUGGAAUUAUUUUAAAUAAUUAUAGAAUAUGACCUACUAAAUAUCCCCAUCGUGCUAUACAGAGUGACUUUUUAUUUUGUAAAUACAGUGUAUUGAUAUUAUAUCAAAUAAACUUGUUUCGUAAAUAUCCUUGAAA